AUGUCCGAACAAGCACAAGCACCAGCGAAAAGCACACCCUCCAACAACUCUAAAGAGAACGGCAGCGCCGUGUCCACAGUCCUUGACGCCAAGUGGGACAUCGUCCUGUCCAAUAUGCUGGUCAAAACUGCCAUGGGGUUCGGCAUCGGUGUGUUCACUUCAGUGUUGUUCUUUAAACGCCGUGCUUUCCCCGCAUGGCUGGGCAUUGGAUUCGGUGUUGGAAGAGGUUACGCUGAAGGCGAUGCCAUCUUCAGGUCCAGCGCCGGGCUCAGAUCCUCGAAGGUUUAG